UUGAGGACUGAUGUGCUGACUAAAAGGGCCUCAAAUUGGCCCUGAGAGGUCAUCAAGGACGCCUUAGGAAGAGCAAGCUGCCUUCACUCCUUCCCUGCCCAGGGAGGAUGCCCUAAACUCGUUGGCCAGGGGCGGAUUUGCUGAGCUGCUCAGGCCCCCACUGGGGGAAAAGAGGGCUCCUAUCAGGGCCACACAGCUGGCCAGGAGCAGGGCAGGGCUGCCACCGGCUCCACUUCCCCCAGUGUGGCCUCUGUCCUUCCUGGAACAGCCUUCCUGUGAACUGAGCCACAGGCCGCUUCAAGAGGUCCAGCGCGCCCACCUCAGCACCCAGCUGCGGCCCACGACCAGGCUCAUCAUCAGCUGACCCUCCUGGAUCAGGAGGCCUUUGCCUUGUCUGGAGCAGGGGGCUUGGGGUGGGCAGUUAGAACCAGAUGACUGGCUGGUUUCUGCAGAGCCCAUGGAAGAGAAGCGCUUUUAAAGCCGGAUCCUUGCCGGACACUGUGGAGGGACCUGAGGGACACAGUCCCUAGUGGCUUGCCUUCUCAGCAGCUGUUCCAGCUCCGUCGCAUGGUCUGGAUUCUCCUCCUUGCAGCUUGGACCAGAGACCCUGCAGUUGACACCAUGGAGCCAUCAGCCUGCGAGGGCUCCCCAGGGAGCCGAAACUUCGUCAAGGAAGCCGCUGAGUACCUCCAGCACACGCCGCCGGGUAGGGAAGAUCUGCAGCUGCUGCUGACGGAAGAUGGAGCCUGGGAGAACUUUGUGGCUGAGGCCGAGUUGUCCAGAGCUGAUGCAGAUACAUUACGCGACGCUCUCAACGCCCUCACAGAAAACAUGGCCAAGGAAGACCAAGACAGGCUCCAACGUGACCUGCAGGACGUGGAGAGGUUUGUGGAUAAGUUUCCUCAGGUGAAACUGGAGCUUGAGCAGCACAUCAGGAAGCUGCACGCCCUUGCAGACAAGAUUGACAAGGUGCACAGGGACUGUACCAUCUCCAAGGUGGUGGCCGGCUCCACCAGCACUGUGUCCGGAGUCCUGACCCUCCUUGGCCUCGCUCUGGUACCUGUGACAGCUGGGGCCAGUCUGGGGCUCUUGGCAAUGGGGAUGGGCCUGGGAGCAGCAGCGGCUGUGACUAGUGUCUCCACUGGUAUCGUGGACUACACAAAUGAGUCGUCGGCCAGAACGAGAGCCAGCCACCUGGUAUCAACCAGCAUGGACAGAGUGAGGAUGGUUGCGGAGGCAGUGGUCCAUUCAGGGCCCCAAGUCUACCAGUUGUCUGAGAGUUGCUGCCGAGUCCUGCGAUGCCUUCAACAGAGCAUCUACGCCAUCAAGCUCGCCAAAGCCAACCCUGCCUUAGCAGCCAGUGCUAAGCGCCUCUUGACCAUGGGGCGCAUCCCUGCCCAAAGUGGAGAGCAGGCGAAGAAAGCCUUUAGGGGCACUGCUCUGGCAAUGAGCAGAAGAGCCUGGGUCAUGAAUAUAGCCACCACAGGUGUGUCCCUCACUGAGGAUGUCAUCAGCCUUGUGAAAGAAUCCAAGCGAUUGCAUGAGGGGGCAAAAGCCGAGUCGGCUGAGGAGUUGAGGCAGCAGGCUCAGGAGCUGGAGGAGAAAUUGGAGGUGCUCAUCCAGAUCCAUGAGAGUUUGCAGUCAGGCUCAAAUCAGUAACAUGCUUCCUCCCCCAAAGUAGCAAGAAGUCUGGGGAGGUGUUCUGGACAGAGACAGAGGCAUUUUGUUAGAGGAAAUCAAGCCCCUCUAACAUGGUGUUCAGGACUUAGGCAUCUCUUCUUCUUCUUCUUCUUCUUCUUCUUCUUCUUCUUCUUCUUCUUCUUCU